AUGUCAACCUCUUCACCGGUCACGCAGGUCGACGAGGGCGCGCGUCCUGUUCCACCAGAGUCGUGCGCGUAUCCCACAACCAGCCCAGGCCCCAAUAGUCCGCCUUUGGUUCCUGAGCCGCCGCCACUGUUGCCGGCUUCUGACAACGGUCAAGGUCAGGGUGGCAGCAUAAUUCAAGCACCGGCGGGUCCCGGCAAGAGGGGUGCCGCGAAGAACCAGCGAAAGGACGGCGGUGAAAGGGAUGCGAAAGAUGCAAGAGACCCGAGAGAUCCGAAAGCCGGCGCCAGAACCGGAUCGCCAGUCACGCCUUCAUCGGCCAUUGAUCCGCUGUCCCAGCAUAUAUUCGUAAGAACGAACACCGACCGCACCAUCCCGUCGCGGCUCCGUAAUCCUGCUCGGCCAGGUAGCCCUGCCAAUGAGGGACUGCCUCGUCCAAGUUCCGACCUCUCCGUCAAACACCCGACUCCUCAACUCGAACCGGCGAGGGAUAAAAAAAAGGGGGGUUCGUUCCUCAGUCGCUUGAGCAUGAUCGGCGGCAAAAAGAAGGACGACGACAACCUGGACGACGAUUCCGAGAUCAAUGGAGAGAGAACAGAGGGCGCUGAUGCAGUCGCGUUCGGCUCUGCCGCCAUCGGUGCCAGUGGCUACAUCCCACAUCAUAAGGAGCCGCCGCGGUACAUUCGGGUGAGGGCCCGUAACAAAAAGGUCAGGGAGUUUAAUCGCAUCUUCUUGGCGCAAGAGCUGGCUGGGACUCGGCCGCCUUCCCAGGAUGGCCAGGCAAAGCCGCUCCACGGGGGCACGCCGACCCAAAGUCUCAACAAAAAGGAGCAUGUAUCUGGCGGUCCAAUCUGGGCUAUCGAGUUCAGUAGGGACGGCAGAUACCUGGCUACCGGCGGUCGUGACCGUGUGGUGCGCGUCUGGGCCGUCAUCGCGACGCAGGAGGACAGGGAUGCCUACGAGGAGGAAGCGAAUGCGGCCGCAGGAAACGAAGAGCGGUUGAGUGCCCCCGUCUUCCGCGCCAAACCUGUCCGGGAGUUCACUGGUCAUUCAGGGGAUAUCCUCGACCUGAGCUGGAGUAAGAACAACUUCCUCUUGUCUUCGUCGAUGGACAAGACUGUCCGGCUGUGGCAUAUGAGUAGGCAAGAGUGUCUAUGCACAUUCAAACACAAGGACUUUGUCACAUCCAUCGCCUUUCACCCGCGUGACGACCGGUUCUUCCUAGCAGGCUCCCUCGACUCUACGCUGCGUCUGUGGAGCAUCCCAGAUAAAGCAGUCGCAUACUCAAGCCAACUGUCUGAUCUCAUCACAGCUGUGGCGUUUUCUCCCGAUGGCAAGACUGCCAUCGCUGGUUGCCUCAAUGGUUUCUGCAUGUUCUAUGACACGGAGGGACUCAAAUACAAUACACAGAUCCACGUGCGCUCCUCGCGAGGCAAGAAUGCCAAGGGAAGCAAGAUCACUGGCAUACAGACCAUGAGCUUCCCUUCGGGCGGCUCGGGCGCUCCCGGGGUCAUCAAGGUCAUUAUCACCUCAAACGACUCCCGGAUCCGAAUCUACAAUUUGGGAGACAAGAAUCUCGAAGGCAAGCUCAAGGGCCACGAGAAUGCCUGCAACCAGAUCAGGGCCAGUUUCAGCGACGACGGCAACUACAUCAUCUGCGGUAGUGAGGACAGGCGAGCAUUCAUCUGGUCAAUGGGCACGGGCGACUCCGACGUCCGAGAAAAACCGCCGUAUGAGUAUUUCGAGGCGCACUCCGACGUCGUAACAGAAGCCGUUUUCGCGCCUACAGCUACGCGACAGCUUUUGCAGUCCUCGGAUGACCCCAUUUUCUCACUCUGCAACCCGCCGCCAGUGACAUUACUGAGCAAAGAAGAGACGGUCGCAAAUCCUACUCUGGCAAGCUUCGAUGUGCGAUCAGAGCAUUCGGCCAAGGCUAGGAAACCCGACGAAUCGCCCGCUUUCAUCGCUCGUUCUACCCAUUACGAUGGCAACAUUAUCGUGACCGCUGACCACGCAGGCCUGAUCAAAGUGUUCCGACAAGACUGUGCCUUCGCCAAACGGCGGCACGAAAACUGGGAGACGGGGUCAACGUUCUCCAGGAGACUCGGUAGGGACGGGUUACUGGGUAGGACCGGCAGCAUCAUGACACGUACCAGCGCGGGAAGCCGGGAGCCGCGCUCUCGACGUGGAUCUCUGACGCAGCCGGUACAGAUCAACUCGGACAGGAUCAAUACGUGGCGUCACGGAGUGGAAGGGAAUCCCGCUCGGCCUUCGUCUAUGGUCCUCUCGACGCCGGCGCGCAGCGAGAGGUCCGUAUCACCUAGCAAGGCCACGCGCACUCCCGCGACCUCGAGCGUGGCAACCCCUGCGUCAGAAGCCAGGAGACAAGCUUACGCAACCACAUCACCCCUUAUCCAUUCCACAAGCCCGACUUCGAGCGUCCAGACGAGCAGGACGAACGAGAAACUGGGGUUUCGGGGAGACACGUCGAUACCGCCAACUCCCAGCUUCUCCAUACGGUCCUUCGACGAUGAUGCCGACGUGUUACGGCUUGAUCCCGCUGGCGCAAGCUACUCAUUCUGGAAUCUGAACAAGUGGCGUAACAUCAGUCAGUUACGUGGGAACAAUUCCCAGGACCCCAGCAGCCUAGUGGGAUCUGCUUCAGGACAUAACCGCUCUGCAAGUGCCUCCCUACUACCGGACAUGGAAAUGACCAAGAAGAGUCGUCGAAAAAGUACAGGUGCGGGUGCAGUCUUGGAAGAUGAACCCGUGGAUGGUCAUGCGGAAAAGGCUGACCGGCGCAAGAGUGUUCCAGCAGGUGCAAUGCUGGUACCUGGAGAAGACGAUAAGAACCACUUGUCGCCUCCGGAGCGCAUCAUAUCUAACCAGUCAGGGUCCCUUUUAAGUCGUCUGAGCUCCGAACUCACCAGCGAAGAGGGAGAGGAGACGCGAUGCUCCAAAUGUGGCAGUGGAGAUUUCAGGGCAAAGAAAGUCGGUGGCAAACAAAGAUUGCUGUGUGGGAAGUGCGGCCGCUUGGUAGACGUAUAG